GUUGUGAUAAACUUAUUAAAUAGGAAAAAACAUGCCACCCUCUAUUGAUGAUGAUGAGAUAUGCUCUUUAGCUUUAGCGAAGAUCAGAGAAAACUUCGCAAGCUCAACAAAUGAACCUGCUCUCCAACUUGACAAGUUAGCCUUCAACAGUCAAACGGCAAGGUCAAUAGAUCCAGGAGUUCCCAUUCAGUCUUAUUUAGAUUUUGACAACCCCUUGGACCCAACUGCAAAUUGUCCUACACCACUGGAUGCGAAAUUGAAAGAAUUAAUGGCCAAAAGUGUGAUAAACGAUCCUAAUUUCUACAGAACAGAACCACUGAAUGUUCACAGGUCGAAACGAGCUAUCAAGAAAUUGCGACAAGAAGUGCGUGAAAAAACAGCUGGUAAAAAUUGGUUCAAUUUCAAAGCACAUGAGUUGAGAGAUGAAGAUACUCUUGAUCGAGAAUUAAUGCGAAUGCGUGACGUAAUUUAUAACAAGAAGGUGUACAAAAGAGGGGCACUGAAGAAAGACAGCCAAUCGAAAUUCGUCCAAGUUGGUACCUGGAAAAAGUCACCUUUGGACCAUUAUUCGCAAGAAUUUAGUGCUAAAAACAGAAAGAAGACGUUAGUUGAAACUCUAAUGGCGGAUGCCGAUUUCAAAAAACAGAAUAAAGAAAAGUAUUUGGACAUGGUGAAGAAAAGAAGUAACUACAAGCGUGUUUCUUCUGUCGGUGGUAAAACAAGCCACUCGGCCAAGGGUAAAAGAGAAAGUAAAUCAGACUUGACCGUUCCUAGAAGUGGGAGGCAGAUCAAAGGAAAAUCCAGACAGUCCGAGACAUGACAGGCUUAGUUGUUCCAGUGUGUUAGGGAAUCGUCGGUGCUUGGGGGUAAAUGCGCUAUAAGAUUUAAAUAUUGCGCAACGGAUUAAAUCUACGCCAAUUUAGAGCAACAUUGGAGCAUUGCAUUGUCUUCAGUUCCAUAUAAAGCCCAAAAGGAAUGUCUUUGCUUAAUUCCAUGAGUCAACACAACUUCUGGGCUUAGCAAGCUGUGAAUAAAAUGAGCUAAACUGACUUGUUCUGGAUAUCAUGUUCAAAUAAAUCUAAUAAUCUUUUGUUUUGUCAA